CUUUUGGACACUUUCCCUCAAAAAUAUUGACAUUUCAAUCAUUACUUAUACUUUAAAAAGCAUAUCCUAACUUUACAUUUUGGAGAGUUUUCUCCCUCCAUAAAAAUGGCUCGCGCUUGCCAGUGCCUUAAACCUCACUUGCCGGAGAUAAACUUCCAUGACUGGAUCAUCAGCUGCGAGAAGUCGCACAUCCUGCAUAGCGUCUGUAAGCUGGGAAAUGACCAGAACUGCUCCAGGCAGGACCCCAACCGCUGUGAUCUCUGCCUAUAUCGACUCACGCUGGAGCUGCCCCGCCUGCCCGACAUGGUUUUCUUCAAGAACAAGUUGGUUUUGCAACACAAGGAUGGCGCCCUGAUCGAAUUUAAGCCCAUGGACUCACUGGCCGUGGUCUCCAACGGGAAGCAGCCGCUGGAGAUGGCCAGUGCCCAUCUCGAGCAGUCUGUGGAGGAGAAGUUCAAGCCCUUUGAUUGGACUUUUACUUCCACCUAUCAGGGCUCCAUGAACAAAAAGGUGCGCGUUGAGAGCACAGAUCAGGCACUCGAGAAGUUCAAACUCAUGCAGCGCGAACCCAUAGUCUUCCACCACGAUAUCACCCUGUUCGAGGAUGAACUGAAUGACCGCGGCAUAUCCAAGAUGAGUGUGCGCAUCCGCGUUAUGCCCUCUGGAUUCUUCAUACUGCUGCGCCACUUCCUUCGAGUGGAUCGGGAACUCAUCUGCUUGCAUGAUACUCGAUUCCACCACCAAGUAGGGAAUGACUUUAUCCUGAAGGAGUACAGUCAUAGAGAGGCGCACUGCUCUGAGCUUCAGAGCUCUGUGGCCUUUUGGACCAAGCCGGAUGAGAUGCAGGAGUACCUGCCUUUGAAGUCUAAGGAGUUAUACAAGUUAUACUUUUAGUAGUUUUUUUCUAUUUAUAUUUGUUUGCUAUUAUACAGAUGCAUUUGUUUAAUUAUAAUUAAAUAUUCAAACAUUCGCGAUAUUUCUACCGGCAAAUAACACUUCAAAUUAUU